AUGGCCAUGGUCGAUCUGAAUACCCCAGGCGCGCAGGACCCGCCUUACUUUUCCGAGACGUUACUGAAGGUGAUGCAUGCGCACAGCUCGAGAUUUUUGAACCACGACGUAUACCAGGAUCAAUAUCAAGGGGUUUUAACCCAGCACAGCCCUAUGGGCAGCUCGAUGAGCCCGGGCGAGUUUAUGCAAAAGAUGACAGACGAGGCGCGAUUUGGGCUCGGCAUGGACAUCCUGCGAAACAGCUCGGUUCCCACAAUUCAAGCCCUCCUGCAGCAGUCUGCCCGCGAGGUUGUGUUUGGACGCUCCUCUCAAGCAUGGACAUUCUCAGGCAUCGCGUUCCGGAUGGCAUUGGAUUUGGGAAUCCACUUGCCCAGCGACAAGCUGCAAGCUUUGGUAAAAAGCCUCACACCCGAAGACAUUGAGAUCCGCAAACGUCUGUUCUGGAGCUGCUACACUUGGGACAAAAUCCUUUCUCUCUAUCUGGGGCGAAUGCCCGGAUUUACUCCAGCCACCGACGAAGUCCCGCUGACGUUCAUGGACGACUACAGCGACAGUGACCUUUGGGCGCCUUACUACGGGGAGACACCAACCUCAGAACUCGCAAAUAUGCCCAAUUAUCCCCCCUGUCCCGGAUACGUGGUUUCAUGUUUCCGCCAGUUGUGCAAGCUUUGCGUAAUCCUGAACGAUCUGAUGCACAGCAUAUAUUCUUCUGAAGCAGCCGCGAGAAGGGAGAUGGAAGAGGAGGAACACUCGGCCGAAGCCAAGGCAGCAAGCGAAGCUCCCUUUGUGCGGCUUUCACGCGACCUGCGUGACUGGCUCAUCUCCUUACCGCCGCACUUGAGAAUCAACCCGGACCAAAUGCCAUCUCUGGCUCCGCCGGUUCACAUCAUGUCUCUUAACCUGCUCUACCACACGACCGUUAUCCUGCUGCACCGGCCGGUGGUUCUGGGGGCACGCGACACCAGCGCUCCCGGACCGGCACGAUCGUGGCAGAUGUGCAUCCAGGCAACAAGCGCCAUCCAUGAUCUCAUCGUGUUACAGGCCAACACAUUCGGACUCACCCAUCUUUCCUACCUCAACGCUUACAGCGUCUACAUCGCCGCCACGAUCGCCGUCCUCCGGUUCGAACGGGAAUUCCAACCUGGUGAGGACCCCGCGAUGGUGGCCCAAAAGAACGGGCUGAACUUCCUCCUGGAGGUGCUCCAGAAAACGGCCAACACCAUGCCAGCGCUCGAGCGCAGCAACGCCAUCAUUCGUAAGAGAAUGAAAGCCGUGCUAGACCGCCAAAAGGCGCAGCGAGGCGGGGUCCGACGAAGCUAUUCGUCCACGCCACCGAACGCCAAAUUCAGCAUCCCCACGCCCACCAGCCACCAAAUGGACCUCGCUCAACCGACCGCGAUCCAAGCUCUGUCGAAUUCUUCCCUGGCCCACGCAUACACCCAGCCCGAUACACCAGGCUCGUUCGUCGCGCCCAUGCAAUGGCAAUCCGGUAUGCGCAGCAGCCUGUACUCGGAACCAACGGCGCACGGCUCGACAGAAGACUUCCUCCCAGCAUUUCCUGGCCAGCAAUUCCCUGUUGGCGGAUCCGAGCACAGUUUCGGGAGCACCGAAGUCGACCCGCACACGAGGACGGCCUUGCUGGGAUACAACCUCGACCCGCACCCAAGGCUGAAUUCAGGAGAUAUCGAUUGGAAUUUCAUGGAGAACGCGUUCGGGAACGAGGGCCAGACCGUGCACAUGUGA